CAGCGAACUCACUACUAUCAAUCAGCUGUGCUCAGUCUUUUCCCCAUUACUUUCUUUAUUACUGUUUAUCCGUUAUUUUUUCUUUUCCCUUGUCAUUACCUCUUGUGUAUCCCUAUUUAUUUAUCGUAUGCUUCCUCGAAGACACGAAAGAAUCCCACCCGAGUUCCAGCAACGUUGUAAUUGCAUUACUGCACAACAAGUAGUUUGCAUAAAUCUUCCACGUGGACUAACAUUUGCUCUCACUCCCCUAAUGUGUAACGGAAAAUUUGCUGCAACGUAAUUAUUGAAUUAAGAGGCGAAACUUAAUCAUUACAGAAUUUGAAUAUCUAAAUUUGGAUCUUAUCAACAGUAUAUGUUAUCGCCAUUCUAUGUCUAGCCUUGUGAUACUGAAUCACAUUGGUUUGGCAGGAUAUUUGAGUUAAAGGUACACGAAUUUGUAGAAAAGUCAGCUGUUUACAUGACCAAUUCACAUGACCAAGCGGAUUUAUCAUCAAAAGCGCUGGCAAUUUCUUGAGAUUACUGCCAGAUUACUGGGUGAUGCAGUAGAUUGAACGCAAAAGCAAAGGAAUGAGAAGCAAACUUCAUCACCACGCAGUGAAAUUUCCAUCUACAAAGAAGAAUACAUCAAGUGAUAUUCGAGGUUUUUUGUAACAAGGUGCCUGAAAAUAAAUGCGUGGAAUUCGAAAAUAUUGGAUUGGGUAUGUUUGAACAAUAGCUUUGACAUAACUGGUACCAACUUCAAAUGAGUGUUAGAUAAUCUCAAGACUGAAGAGUUCACAGAACGGACAUGCCAAUAAGGAAAAUGAAAAUCUGAUUGUCUGGAGACAAGAGGAUAGCUGAGAGUAGUCAUGGAUUGCCCGAACAGCACCCUACAGAACACAACGACGCGGCCAGAAAGUCCAGAAAAUGAAGUGCUGUCUUCUAUAGGCAAAGCAAUUAUGGAUUUUGGGGUACCAACAGUUUGCGUCAUAGGAUUACUUGGCAACUUGCUAAAUAUGCUUGUCCUCAGCAGAGAGAAAAUGCAACGGAACCUGUCCAAAAUGGAAAAGUCAGCACACUACGGAAUGAUCGCUUUGGCAUUUUCCGAUUUCAUGUUCUGUCUGCUGGCUUUGCUAUUUACUUUAGUACCUAGACAUAAAUGCUACAAGAGCAGAAGCAUAUUACUCUACAUCCAAUUCUUGUUGAGUCCGUCCAUCACUAUUUUCAUAAUUGCAAGCACCAUGAUGAUUGUUUACAUGGCGGCGGAGCGGUAUUUGGCAGUCUGUCACCCUUUCAAGGCACGACGCAUUAUAUCGCUGCGGCGGACGCGAAUUAUCAUUACAAUGGUAUUUGUCGGUUGCGCCCUGGCAACCACUCCUUUAUUCAUGGAGCAUAAGAUUGAGGUGGAGGAAUCUGAGGGACAAGAGUUUUAUAAAAUUAAUAAGCACUUUGAUGAAGGAGUUAUUGUCAUACGCCGACUUUGCUGGUCUGUCCUAUUCGAUCUAGUGCCGUGUGGCCUACUAAUCUAUUUUAACACUUGUUUGAUUUACAGUAUAAAGAAAGCGAAGAAAUUGCGAAUGAAUAUGGCACCUUUGAAUGAAGAACGACGCGGCACUAUAAAUCGCAAUUCAUCAUAUUCCAGCCAUCGUCACAAGCCAAAAUCACAUAGUGGAUGUACAUCAACAGUUGGUGGUAUUGGUAACGCCUCAUCGACUGAACUGUCACUGCGCCCUGAAAACAACUCCAUUUUUCGUGAUGAUAAACUAAUACGAGGAGCAGAAAUCGAAGUUCACCUUAGAACCGAAGGCCGUUCAAUGCGUUCUCAGUCAGUAACACAUCGACGACGCCAUACAGAUACAGCCUUAAACAGCGUUACUGCCACCCUUGUCUCCAUUGUAGUCAUGUUUCUUGUACUAGUUUCUCCAUCUGAGAUACUUAAAUUCUCCUUCCAUUUAGCCAGUGUCGACAGUGCCCUGUCCGAUGUCAUACGGGAUAUUACAAAUUUCAUGCAAGCCUUGAACUUCUCGGCUAAUUUCAUACUAUAUUGCGUUAUGAACAAAUAUUUCCGUGAAACAUUAGCGGCUAUGCUUUGCUUUUACACAAACGGUCAUGCAUCACUUAGUAAGAAAUCUGAUUGUCCAACUAUCUCUUUAAGGGGAUCACCAUCAUCAUCCUAAUAAUAAUAUUAAUACAAUCAAUAUUAAAGAAAGCGACGAAUGUGAACUCGCAACCAUUGUCUAUAUAUUCAUUGAAUACGUGAAUUCAUGGAUUCCACGCACAAACUUAUACCCACACAUACCCACACAUACAUAUACAAAAACAUCUAUGUGUAAAUACAUAUAUAUAUAUAU